GGGACAACAUGGCGCUGCGAGGGCUGAGCUGCUGUGCCCGGUUUGUACUUCAUCAACAUGAGCGUGCUGUACUCCGCGGGGCAGUGCAGUCGGACUGUUUUAAAGGCAGAGAUGGAGCCAAACGCCAUCUACUGUCAGAGGAUGUGGUGAAGCUCCAAGAUUUUCAGCAGAGGAAACUCGCCGUGGCCCAUCAAGUGUCCGGACCAAAAAGUCAUUAUUUUGACACCCUAAAUCAGAAAAUGGAAAGGAAUGAGCUGAUUCUGAAGGAUGAACUGAAGCUGCUUCUGCAUCUCUGUCAGACUCCUGAGGAUAUGGUUACAGCUAGAAAUGCAAUCUAUAGAUACCAUGAAGAAAAUCGUAAUGUAGCAUUUGGAGAGUUCAGGUUCGGACCUUUGUUCAUGCGGCUCUGCUACGAGCUGGGUCUGGAGGAUGUGGCAGUCUCUACACUAACUGAUCGGACACUAAAAGGAUUCUUUUCAGACGGUACAUCUUUUAACAUCGCCAUAGACAUGCUUUUCACCAAAGAGUGCUAUGAGGGUGCGCUGGAGGUGGUGGGGGAGAUGAAAAGCCAAGGCGUACCUUUCAACAAGGACACCUUCACGCUGGCCUUCGCUACCUGCUACAAACUAAACACCCCUAAGUCAUAUCGUAUCUGCUUGGCCCUGAUGGAAGAAGGCCAGACCAAAGGCCUUCUAAUCCCCAGACAUGCCUAUUGCUGUGCAGUUGCUCUCGCUCUUAAACAAAAUGACACUGAGCAAGCACAUAAUAUCUACUCUCAAAUCAUGAGCACAGACAGCAGACUAUGCCAGAACCUCAGGGUGCUGAUGUUGGUCAAGACAGGAUCAAUUAAGGAUGCAGUCGAAGCUCUCACAACCGCCCUGUUGUCCAAGAGUUCAGUGUUUGUAAGGAAACCAGAAUUCUCCCAGGAAGUGGUUGAUGUGUUAAGAGAGAGAAGUGCAGACGGGCCUUGGGAGCUGCAGGUGGAGCAGGUAGUAAGGCGGCUGCAGCAGGCGGGUCAGGUGACUGCGCAGAGCCUGGACGACUUGCUGUGCCAAACCCCCUCAGGGAAGAGGAGGCCUCUAGGUAUUCUGGAGGAGGGCAGGAAAAGGGGCCACAGCCGAAGGACUAUGAGACCUCUACGGUCCACCCUGCUGUCAGAGUGAAGGAACAAACGCACUGUGAUGGUCAUGGCCACUGCUGAAAUCCACAGUUAUCCAUGCCUGGGCUUAAAGGAAUAGCUUGGCAAAAAAUCAAAUGUACACAAUUUUCCACUUACCCCAGGUGCAGUCGAUCAGCCAAGACAUGUUUGAUGUACCAAAUUAUAUUUAUUUUAAAACUUGAACAAUGAGUCAAAUGUUACUAACAAAUGCUAGUCAAUAGUCACCCAAAACUUUUCUGUAAAUAUAUCCCCAAAACGUCUCUCAACCUGCUUAAAAAAUUAAAGGGGAACUUCAGAAUUUUAACGUAAUUAAAUGCUUAAGAUUUAAACAAAGUCAUUCAG